GGUUCCAGCCCUGCCGCUCCCGAGGGUUCCAGCCCUGCCGCUCCCGAGGGUUCCAGCCCUGCCGCUCCCGAGGGUUCCAGCCCUGCCACUCCUGCCGGCACUUCGACACCCGAGCAGCCCAAGGGCGCCUCACCGGCCGGGCCUUCGGCCUCGAGCCUCACAGGUGCUGCUUCCAAGAUGCAGCCCAUGGCCGGUCUCCUCGCUGCUGUCAUGGGCCUGAUGGCCCUUCUGUAGAUGAGUCCUUCAUCUCCAGCAAUAGGCGGAUACAGCCACUCAUCGUCCCUUUUGACCCAAAGAAGAAAACCCAUUCAAUCAAAACAAUUGUUGCUUGGAGUUUGGUUUGGAAUUUUUGCUGCACUGUCGGAUUUUCCUAUGUCACGAGGAACACUGCUUUUUGAAUAAUCAGUCAGAACAAGAGACUGAGACAGGACGACCAAGAGACUCCUACUCGAGCAUCUUCUCUGUUGCCGGAGUUCAUGGAUAUGAACGACAAGAAUCUCUGUGCUCAAGUUCUGAUUGAUCUCACCAACAGUCGUUCUAAAUACUAGCUAAGUAAUAUGUAAUGAGUACGGUACGUGCAAUAAAAAU